UGUUUUGCUUUACGUACAGCAAUAAAUAUUAUUGUCAGAUUCAUAGUUGAUACACAUAAUAAAUAUCCAAUAGGUAGCUGUAGACCAUUUAUCCCUCUCACUCUGACUUGGAUGUUAAUUGUUUCAUCACUGCUGGUUUGUAAUCUAAAACCAUCCAGAUGUUGACUGAUUUGUCCACUGUCACUGUAAAAGAAGGAUGGCUACAAAAAAGAGGUGAAUAUAUCAGAAACUGGCGUCAAAGAUAUUUUGUAUUGAAGACCGAUGGAUCUUUUCUUGGAUACAAGGAAAAGCCAAGUGAAGAUAAUCACCAAGAACCUUUGAAUAACUUUAGUGUAUUGAAAUCACAACUUAUGAAAAAAGAUCAGCCUAAAGAAAACGUGUUUGUUGUAAGAUGUUUACAAUGGACAACUGUUAUAGAGAGAACUUUUAAUGCUGAUUCAGCACAAGAAAGGGAACAAUGGAUGCAUGCCAUUGAAAGUGUUAGCGAUAAACUACAACAAACAUCCGAGGGUCGAGGAUCAGUGGAUGAGAAUGGCAAAAAGCCAGCUUCACUUAAAGUUACACUCACCGAUUUUGAAUUCUUGAAAGUACUUGGGAAAGGUACAUUCGGAAAAGUGAUUCUCGUGAAAGAAAAAUCAACAGAUCAGUUUCAUGCUAUGAAAAUAUUAAAGAAAGAAGUUAUUGUAGCAAAGGAUGAAGUGGCUCACACACUGACAGAAAGCAGAGUUCUGCAGACUACAAGGCAUCCAUUUUUAACGUCUCUCAAAUAUUCAUUCCAGACAAAAGAUUACUUAUGUUUUGUAAUGGAAUAUGUAAAUGGAGGAGAGAUAUUUUUUCACUUAUCACGAGAUCGUAUAUUUCCUGAAGACAGAGCGAGGUUCUACGGAGCAGAAAUUGUAUCAGCACUCGACUACUUGCACAAACAAAAUGUUAUUUAUAGAGAUUUAAAGCUUGAAAAUUUACUGCUGGACAGUGAAGGUCAUAUAAAAAUAACUGAUUUUGGUUUGUGUAAAGAAGAAAUCUCGUACGGUGGAACAACUAAAACAUUCUGUGGAACACCUGAAUAUCUUGCACCUGAGGUAUUGAAUGAUUCAGUAAAGUUAAUAUUUGUAUUAAAAAUUAUUAUAUCUAUAUUCAUAUAG